AUGUUAUUUGCUAUUGAGAGUGAUUGCGGUCCAUACCGAUCUUUUCUUUGUAUCUAUUCUGGAAUUUGCCGGUGCCACGGGCGGAGGAGGGAGGAACGAACAAGUGUCCUCCGCCACCGCCAGUGUGAACCGGGCUACGACGAAGCUGCCAAUCGGAUGACCUUUUUUCUUCAAACUUUCUUUCUUUCUUUCUUUCUUUCCUUCUUUCGUCUUUCUUUCUUUUUCUUUCUUUCUUUCCAUCUUUCUUUCUUUCUUUCUUUCCUUCUUUCUUCUUUUUAUUUCUUUCUUUCUUUUUCUUUCUUUCUUUUUCUUUCUUUCUUUCCUUCUUUCUUCUUUCUUCUUUCUUUCUUUCUUUUUCUUUCUUUAUUUCCUUCUUUCUUUCUUUCUUUCUUUUUCUUUCUUUCUUUCCAUCUUCCUCCUUUUCUUUCUUUUUCUUUCUUUCUUUCUUCUUUCUUUUUCUUUCUUUUUCUUUCUUUCUUUCCAUUAAAAAAAAGGUGGAAAGGGAAAAAAAAAAAAAAAAAAAUAAAAAGUUCUUUUCUUUCUUUUCAUUCUUUUUCUUUCUUUUCUUUCAAUUUUUCAUUCUUUCUUUCCUUCUUUCUUUCUUUCUUUUCUUUCUUUCUUUCCUUUCUUUCUAUUUCUCUUUUAAGAAAAAAAAAAAGAAUAAAGUUCUUUCUUUCUUUUUUUCUUUCUUUCCUUCUUUCUUUUUUUUCCUUCUUUCUUUCUUUCUUUCCUUUUUCUUUUACUGCCGUACCUUCUUUUAAGCUUUUUUUUUUGCUUUUUGCUUUUCUUUCUUAUCUUUUCCUCUUAUUUUUCUUUUUCUUUUUACCUUUUACUCUUUUUCAUUUUCCUUUUUCUACUUUGCACCUUUCUUUCUAUAUUCCUUUUCCCCCCCUUCCUUCUUUCUUUAUUCCUUUCUUCAUUUCUUUUUUCUUCUCCAUUUUUUGCAAUUUUCUUCUUCCUUAA